CCAUCCAGAAAAUCAACAGAUAAAAGCAAAAGCUAUCAUUCUGGUGAUGAAGAUUUUGAGUUCUCAGAGGGAGACAGCGCAUCUGGCUAUGAAGCAUCAGGAGACUCACUCGCCAUGAGGGUCACCUACAGAGUGGGAGCUGGUAUUGAGAAUCCUGCCUUCAUGCCAGAGCUGGACUAUAUGGCGCCCAUGCAGAUCCCACCGUGGUUAGCCGAGGCUGAGCUCGAUAGCGGCAUGGUGGCCCCCUCGCAGAGGGCCCAAGUGAGGCUGCCGUGGACACCCAGCAACCUGCGGCGCCUCGCCCCGCUACGUAUCAGUACUCGUUCCACAGACUCCUUCAUGCAAGCAGAUGCACCCGCCACACAAGAGAGGGACGAAGAUGAGUUUCCACCACCGUUGACACCACCGCCACCGCCGCCGCCGCCACCUUCUGACAGACACGGGGGUCACAUGUAGCCUUCCCUCAUCAUCUCCUUUAACUGCCAAAAGACACAGAAUAUUACCUCAGACUUUGCACUGGCUCCACUAGAAAUAUUGUCAAGGGAAUGUGUUUUUUUUU